UUAAAUUUGUCAUUGACCUUUUGCAAAGUGUCAAUCUGCAAGUACAGAUGCAGAACAGAAAUGAAACUUAGCACAUUAAUUUCUGCAGAAAAACCAUUAAUAAUAAAUUGAAGCAGAAUCACAUGCAGUGAAGCAAGUUGAGUGGCGGAACGUGCAUCAUGGAUUCUGGAAUGCGGAAAGAGGCGAAGAAGGUAGCGAUCAUCGGCGCAGGAAUCAGCGGCAUUGUUGCGUGCAAGCAUGCUGUGGAGAAGGGGUUUGAUCCCAUAGUUUUUGAGGCAAGGAGCUGCAUUGGAGGGGUGUGGUCCUCCACCAUUCAUUCCACCAAGCUGCAGACUCCCAAGGAUUACUUCCAGUUUUCGGAUUUCCCAUGGCCCGAUUUCGUGUUGGAAGAUUUUCCUCAUCAUAAGCAGGUGUUGGAGUAUGUUAGAUCCUAUGCUCUCCAUUUUGAGGUUGUUCCAAGGAUCAGCUUCGGCUCCAAGGUCACUGCACUCCACUACUCCGAUGCUGCUGCUGAUUGGACCUCUGGUCAGCCCUUUUCGUCCACAGGGAAAUGGAGUCUUGUUGUUCAGGAUGUUUUGCACCCUCUGCACCCACCCAAGGUAUAUGAGAUGGAUUUUGUGAUCCUGUGCAUCGGCAAGUUCAGUGACCUCCCUAACAUCCCCGAUUUCUCGAGCCGUGCCUCGUUCAACGGAGAAGUCCUGCACACCAUGAACUAUGCCGCCAUGGACAAAAUGCAAGCAGCAAAGUUCACACAGUACAAGAGAGUCACCGUCGUUGGUUUCCAGAAAUCAGCAGUCGACACUGCAGCUGAGAUCGCCAGAAACAACGGCGCGAAGCAUCCGUGUACACUGGUGUUCAGAAGAGUGCACUGGUGUGGUUCAGAAACUCUGGUUAAAUUCACAUUCAAGAAUUUAACCAGAUUUUCUCAGCUCAUGGUUCAUAAACCUGCAGAAGGCCUAAUCCUCUGCUUUUUAGCCUUUGUGCUUUCACCUUUGCGGUGGAUGUUCUGUAAGGUGGUGGAAUGGUACAUGGGAUGGAUAUACCCUCUGAAGAAGUACAAGAUGGUUCCCGACCACUCCUUCCUCAACCAGAUAUACUCGUGCAUGUUCAUGAUCCUGCCUUCAGAUUUCUACCACAGAGUGGAGCAAGGCAGCCUCGUCUUGCGCAAAUCCACGGUGGCGGGCUUCUACGAAAGCGGCCUCCUCCUCGACGGCGGGACCACCCGUCUCGACACCGAUGUCGUCAUCUUCGCGACGGGGUACAAGAGCGACGAGAAGAUCGCCGCCAUCUUCUCGUCGCCGCAGUUGAAGAAAUGCAUCACCGGAUCCUCGGCUCCCUUGUACAGAGAAUGCAUACAUCCUCGGAUCCCGCAGCUAGCAAUCAUGGGAUACUCGGAGAGCCCCGCCACGCUCUUCACCUUCGAGAUGAGGAGCAAGUGGGUGGCGCAUUUCCUGGCGGGGAGGUUCCGGCUGCCUCCCGUGGCGGAGAUGGAGGAGAAUGCGAGGAGGUGGGAGGCCAACGCCCGCCGCUACAGCCGCCAAAACUACAAGAGAGGCUGCGUUGGUGUGAUGCUGCAGCUGCACUGCAACGAUGAGAUCUGCAGAGAUAUAGGUAGCAACCCCAGGAGGAAGAAAUGCCUGCUAUCUCACAUCUUCUCUCCUUAUCGCCCCUCAGAUUAUGCACAUUUGUGACUAGCAUUUUCGACAUGUUUGAGAUUUAAGUGAUAUUUACUUCGUUAUUAAGCUUUACAUUUUGCUAAAA